AUGUGGAAAGGAAUCCUCAAUGGCUUGAUUGCUAUUGCGUCGCUGGUUCCGGCUGUUAGCGGCCAGUAUCCUAACCCGGGCGUCGUCUCGGGCAACAUCAAUGUCCAUGACCCUACUGUCGUCAAAACCCCGAGCGGCACUUAUCUCAUGGCCCACACGGGAACCAACGUUGCUCUCAAAACCUCUACCGACCGCACCGUGUGGCGUGACGCUGGCGCCGCUUUUCCUAACGGCGCCUCAUGGACAACUCCUUACACCAAUGGGGACACCAAUCUCUGGGCACCAGAUAUCUCAUAUCGCAAUGGAAAGUACUUCAUGUACUACUCAGCAUCUACUUUUGGGUCACAGAAGUCGGCAAUCUUCCUUGCCACAAGCUCCACCGGUGCGUCGGGAUCGUGGACCAACCAAGGGUUGGUUAUUGAGUCCUCAAGCUCAGUUGACUACAACGCCAUCGACCCCAACCUUAUUGUAGACGCGCAAGGCAACUGGUGGCUCUCAUUUGGCUCCUUUUGGACAGGAAUCAAAAUGAUUUCACUGAACUCCAGCACCGGCAAGCGGUCAGGCACCAACCUGGUGUCUCUUGCUCGUCGUACCGUGGCAGAUGGUGCUAUCGAAGCACCUUACAUCACUCGUCGUGGCAAUUACUACUAUUUGUGGGUGUCGUUCGACAGGUGCUGCAAUGGCGCCGCUAGCACCUAUCGUAUUAUGGUUGGUCGUUCCACUAGUGUGACGGGCCCCUUUGUGGACCGGAACGGGGUGAACAUGAUGUCUGGUGGCGGGACUGAAGUGAUGGCUACCCACGGCUCCAUUUAUGGACCCGGCCAUCCAUCAGUGUUCACGGAUUCAGAUGCUGAUGUUCUUGUUUACCAUUACUACAACAGCAACAACGCCGCUCUGUUGGGAAUCAAUCUCAUUCGUUACGAUUCGGACUGGCCGGUUAUUUAUUGA